AAUAAGAGCAUAUGAUUCUCAUGGAAGCUGUGAGCUUUUCUUUCCUAUGCCUAAUGCUAAUGCUAAUGCUCCUCCUCUACUACUACUGCUUCUUCCCUCCAUUUUUCCUUCUUUACCUGCACACCAUUCUCCUCCCUUCUGCCCCAUGACGACGCCUUUUCAACUCCUAAAUGACUCCGAUUUUGAUCAGAUCGUAUCCGAUGGAUUUGUGUCUAUAUGCGACUACGGUCCUCUCCUCUCCGAGAGGAGCGCGAGGAGUAUGUUCCCAAGUUUGAUAAAUUUUAGAUUGGCGAAAUUGAGUGGAUUUAGGAGAGUAUUUGCUCAUGUUGCUCCUAUUUUUUUCGAGCUUGGCAUAGCUAACCCUGAAACCAAGGAGAUAUCAAAAUUGAGCGUGGAGCCAUGUGAAAGUGAAAGUCUUAUAGUUGCCACUUUUGAGAUACCGAGAUCAGAGAUACCAUCUUUUAUUGAGAGGGAGCAAGAAUUCCGUUUUCUGGCUGUGACACUAGAAACACUUAAUGGUUUGUUUUACACUACUCCUGCGGUAUUAUGUGCCCGUUACAGUGAUGAAGAAUACUUGGUAAACAGAUGUAGAGGAAGCAGAGAGAUCUUCUCUCAGCGAUAUGGACGAUAUGGCAUUCACAAGAUUUGGGUAGAUGACAUAUUACCCUGUCGGGUUUAUCUCCGGCACUGUGUCCUGGCAGCACAGAACCUACAUCACAUUGCCUACAAUAACUUCCUGGAUCAUACAUUCCUUGGGGAUCGUAAAACGACCAUCCGUGAGUACCUUUGGACUACAGCUUCAGGCAUAAUGGAAGAGGAGCCGCCUCUACAGCUAAAACACAUAUUUGGUGGUUGACAUGAAAUUUCUCUUCAAUGCGUCUGUCGAAACUUGAAGCAGGCACUUCUUGUUUGCACAUAGUAAAAAUCAAGGAGCAUCUUUUGUUCGAAAUUAUAGAAACCUGGAAAUUAUUUACUUUGUUGUAUUGACUUACAUCGUUGGAUCAGAUUUAACAUAGAUUUUCCUCCUAUUCUUUGUAACUAGCUUGUCUGAAGUUGCCUUCAGAUACUUUGGCGUAAGAGGAAAUCAACCUGAUAUAUCGACUUCUUCUACAAAUUAUUCAAAUUCAAAGGAAAUCAACCAGAUACGUUGACUGUCUUAUCCAGCUUAUUCAAAUUUGCUCACGACUUCUAUACUGCUCUUUUCUUUUAGGGGAAUCUCCGAAAAACAAGAUCGAAUGUUAGAAUC